GCAGAUGGCAUCGCAUGAGCUAUGACGCAACACGCGCACCCGUCUGACUCCAGCAGCCUCAGAUAUCCGUCGGUCCGCCCGAGAAGCACGAUGUGACCGUGACAUUACACAUCCACCUGAAGACAGAAAAACAACAACAUUCUCCUUCUCCGUGCCACUGAGUGCAGUUAUGUCUGAGACGCCAUGCCAGAUCUUUCGGGGUGUCUGCUCCUCGCCGCGCUGCUGAUUUUCUGCGAGGAUGGGUACGUGAGGAGAGCGCAGGGUGGGGUGCUCUCCCACGGCCUCGCCUCGCUGUCGGAGGAGGACAAAUUCAAUGCUAGCGAGACACAGACGUCCACGCUCAAGGGACAGGGGGAUGCGACGGCAUCAGAGUCACUCCUGACCUUGAAGAUUUGGGUUAAAGAUGCAUCUAGCCAGAGGUUCCUGAAAGGAGCUGUGGUGGGUGUGUUCUUCAAUGGAUCCCAGAUUCGCUCCAGCCAGACUCUGGAGAAUGGAGAGGUCACGGUCACUGUCUCAUACCACCUUGGCCUGACCCUCACUCUGGUGGCCAGCAUGGAGGGUUAUGUGCUCACCCAGCUGCCUUGGAAAACCACCAAGAUGCCCAUUUUUUCUGUUAUUACGAUGUCUCUGCGCCCUCAAACACAAGGGAACAUCUGGCUCUUUGAUGAUACUGUGCUGAUAACUCGAAAAGCAUCUGAUCUGUCAUUUCAACCGAGUGUACAGUUUUCCAAAAGUCUCCUCAAACUGUCUGAGAACACUACCAUCUCCAUGCUGUCAGCCUAUCUGACAGUUCCAGCCCUGCCUACAGAAAAAGACUCAAAUUUCUUUACUCAAAACCUGAGUGGUAAAGGAGGUAAGAUGAAAAAAAAAAAGGAUGAAAUAUCUUUUGCAUCGGACUACAUGGUGGUACAGUCAAAUCUAAACAGUUGUCCUGUCAUUCCUUAUCACAUCUCUUGAGUUGAAUGCUGACCCUAUCACUUGAUGUUAUAUGUUAUCACAGGUACCUGGGUAAAUAAAGGUAUAGGCACUGUUCAGAUGGAGAAAAACGGCCUAGUCUGGAAUUACAUAGCACCUCAACUUGGUAACUGGAUUGCUGCACCACCACCAUCAUCAGGUUAUAUGGGGUUUGCAAGCUCAAUGGAUUUCAUGUCCUACCACACAUACCUUCUUGUGGGUAUCUUGGGAGGAACUCUUGUGAUAGUCAUUGGAUUUUUAUCUGUGAUUGUAUUUCACUGCAGAGAUUUAAACUAUGAGGCCGGAAGAAAGCGAUGGAAUUCCACCAGGCUCACUGUACUAAAGAAAGACCAGACCACUUCCACCAGCUCUGAUGAGGUUCAAGAACUUUUCUUCCAUAAUGGGGACCGUUCUUAUUCACUGGCUGCAAGGGGCAUCAGCCAUGAUGCAUCAGACUCUCCACGACACCAAGCCAACUACAAUAUUUAUGUGGAAAAUGUUGGGCGGCCAGCAGGCAAUCUGUACGAGAACAUUGGAGUUGUGGGAUUAGAAAUGUGUAAUCUUUAUGUUAAUAGUGAUGAAGUUGCAAAGCUUCGGGAAAAAUCUGAACAGAAUGCCUCACGCCAGAAUGGUGCAGAGAAUGUAGUUUUCAAAGACAAGCUGUUCCACAUCUAUAACCAGUCCGUGGCGAUUGUACCGGCCCCAGAGUUGUUCAGUUCCCAGGGACAAGCUGACCCUUCUGGAAGUAGAUCUGCCACUUUCCCAAGGAAUGGCAUGGAGCAUGGAGCUCAGACAGAGCGGAACUUAAAAGACAGUUUCACUCAGACGUUGCCAAAAGUUCCGCCGCAGGACAGCGAUGAGCAGCAGGCUCUGGAGGGAGCGCAAGCUGCUGCCGCAAACCCAGGGCUAUGGGGCCGCUACAGUCAUCUCCUGGAAUCCGUGUCUGUCCCAGGAACAUUGAACGAAGCAGCCAGAAUGGGGCCUUUCCGGGGGGAACUCCAGGGAAUAUCAGAGCAAACCUUGCUGGAGCUCUCCAAGGGCAAACCGUCCAUUCACCCACCCCGGGCCUGGUUUGUGUCUCUUGAUGGUAAACCAGCAGCCCAGGUUCGUCACUCUGUGAUCGAGCUUCAAGGAAGACACCGUCCGGGCAGCAGCAACGACACAAGCUUGGACUCUGGAGUGGACAUGAAUGAACUGCAGCAGCCAUUGCGAAAAAGCGAGGAACCCUCGAGCGCUAGCAUGGCUAAAAUAAGCAGAAAUCAAGAGCAGGACUUGAGCAGCAGUGAAAUUGGGAGUCCCGAGGACAUGUCCCUGAGGAACACCCUGGAAGGCAGUAGUGCAGCCAUUCCCAACAUCCCAGAGGACAGGGAUGCAGGGGACACCUCUAGCGAGUCUAAAUCUACCCCUCCGCCACGGAGACUGAGGAAGGUUCGAGACAAGAAGCCUGACAAGACCUCUCGACACAUGAGGGAGGAAAGACCCCAAACGAAACACUAACUAAAUAACCUAACGUGUAGUCGUAGCUUCUUGGUGUCUGGAAAUGGUUUUGAUCAAAUUGCCUUAUAACGUAAACAUCAGGAAGAAUGAAUAAAGCAAAAAUGCCUGUCUUACCUUCCGUAGCUCAGUCGAUUCCCAUGGCUAUGCUGUAUCCAGCAUUCUGUCAGCAGUUCAUUUGUAUGCAAUUUCGCAACCACACUGUACAAUGUUUUUACAAACUGCUUUGAAAGAACAUAUUUGUUUAUCUUCAAAAGUACAUUGUAAAAGUAUGUAUAUAUAUAUAUAUAUCUAUGUAUUUUUAAACAUUUGUUGCCCUGCGAGCACAAUGCUUGUACUCACAAUGCUCUUCUAGUGAGUCCGCAAAACUUUAAAUGCGAUCAAUUUGGAUCUCUUUGACUUGCUUUGAAUCAGUUUUUGUUCUUCAGUUAAAUUCUACAGAAAUUGAAAUGUAACGCAAGGAACUGCCACAGUGCCAUAAACAAUUAUAAAAUAAAUUGUGGGAAAAAAUGAGCACUGUUAACAUAAGCUGUUAAGCUAAGCACUAUGUAUUCUCCAAAUCAGAAAGAGCACCAGUGUGUUGCAAAAAUAUUUUUGAGGGAGCGACUAAGGCCUUUGAGGUCAUAUGCUAUUUUAACGCACUGUACUUAUUUAAUGUAUUAUUGCUAGUCACGUUUGCAUGCUGUCCAUUGUAAUGCCUUUAUCAUUCAAUGUUUUCAUGUGUAAGAAUGUAGUACCCAAAAACACUGACAAUAUGUCUCAGGUUAUGGCUUACCUUA